AUGCCAUCGAAACGGAAAAACUCACUGCAGCCAAACUUUGGGCGCGUAACUGUCAACACUGCACUUUCACCUCGGGUAGAAGUUUACCAAGACAUAAAUGAAGAAGAGACUGACCAUGCAUACCAAAGUGAUGUCGAUCUUGAUACGGAUAUGGACCUGGACGUUGAGUUUCAUUACUAUGACCAGCUUUCGCACUUCAGUAACAAUUCCAAUAAUCUCAAGUUUUACUCGGAACCUCUGAGUUCAAGAUCUAAUUCUAAUGACACUCCGUUGGGUCUUACGAGAAGUGUUGGUGUUCUCAAUCUUUCAUUGGAGACUGAAACGCCUGAUGUGAAAGAUCAAAAGUUUAAUGAGGAAAAUCAGUCCCAUAUCGACAGCAGAGUACCACAGCUUCAAAGGCCCCUCAUCACUACAAGUGCCUCCAAUUCAGCAUCUAAUAGUUUAAAGAGAACUGUGAGCAAGACUGGAUUCAAUAUAUCCUCUCCAUUUUCCAAGAACAAUGCUGCAUAUUUAAAGAGUUGGCAUAGUACGAAUGCUGCAACAUCUAGUGAUUUGUCCUCCACUAAGACUACAGGAAAAAGUAAUAAUUCGUUUACAGAAGCAAAACCGGAUCCUGUAGCUUUUCAGUCAUCUGGCCUUAUUUCCAAAAUGAAACAAACAAUUCUACCCAAGAAGUUGACAAUACCAGAUACGCCUGUGAAGAAGUCUCCGCUGGUUUCGAGACAUUCUGACCAAGAACUUUUGGACACACCAAUAUUAGAGCAUUCAUCUAUCAUGUCAGCACAAAAUCAGACGACAUUUCCUACGAUGUAUGAUUCCCAACUUUUCAAAUCUCCCCCGAUGAUAAAUACCGUGUUACCUUCAUCAGAAAACUCUCCUACCAGUUCCUCUAAUCCAAGAUCUAAAAAGAGAACUAAAAUUGUAAAGAACACAGAAUUGACCUCAAUGUUGAGACAAAUCACGGACGAUUUGUACGGACACGAUCAAGAAAGUUCAAUCUUUUCACCGUCACCCUCAAAGACAAAUCUUCAAACUCCAACGAAAACAUCCUUUGAUAUUGGUCCUGAUUCUCUGGCUAUCAUGACAAAACUGCGAAACGAUCCAACACAUCUUCAACCACCUGAGAAGCAAAGAUCAAUCAAUGCAAGUAUCAUGAAAAACCCUGAUUUCCAUCUAACGACCAAAUUCAGUAAUGUAUCCAUAAUGGGAAAAGGUCAGUUUUCUACUGUCUACCAAGUGACUUUCCCAGAAACUGGUUUAAAAUACGCCAUCAAAAGUGUACGACCAACUAAACAUAAUUUUACCAAUCGAAUUCUACAAGAAAUCAAUAUGUUGUCAACAAUUCAGGAUUCAGUUACAAAUGACACAGAAGGUAAGGAAUAUAUCGUAGAAUUUAUUUCUUCGUGGUCACAUAAAGGUUCAUUUUAUAUAAUGACAGAAUUCUGCGAAAAUGGAAAUUUAGAUGCUUUUAUACAAGAGCACGUCAUUGCUAAACAACAACGAUUGGAAGAUUGGAGGAUAUGGAAGAUUAUCGUUGAAAUCUGUCUAGCUUUGAGAUUCAUCCAUGAUUCCUGUUCAAUUGUUCAUUUAGAUUUGAAGCCAGCUAAUGUUCUCAUAACUUUCGAAGGUAAUUUGAAACUUGCUGAUUUUGGGAUGGCUACAAAGUUGCCAAUAGAAGAUAAAAGUUUUGAAAACGAGGGUGACCGUGAAUAUAUUGCCCCGGAAAUUAUACGUGACGGAAUAUACGAUUUCCGUGCUGACAUCUUCUCCCUUGGGCUAAUGAUGAUUGAAAUCGCUGCUAACGUUAUUUUGCCUGAUAACGGAAGUGCAUGGCAUAAAUUGAGGUCUGGUGAUCUAUCUGAUGCUGGCAGAUUAAGUAGUGCGGAGAUCCAUUCGAGCUCACUCUUUUCCAAUAAAAAAGAUCAUACGAAUAUCACUGACAUCACAACGCAUGAGACAAAAAUUCCAGCGUGGGUACCGAAGUUUUUAUUAGACGGAAUAUCGCUGGAAAGGACUAUCAGAUGGAUGAUCGAACCGGAUUACAGAGAUCGUCCAUCUGCAUCUGAUUUACUCCGCACCGAGGAAUUAGAAUAUGUAGAACUAACAAGAAAGACAGGUGCAGUUAUUCAUGAGGAUGACUACGGCCCAAAACCAGAAUUCUUCUCCUAA